CAUUGGAAGAGGUCACAUCAAUAGUGUAUUUAUUGAAGUUAGUGUUUUUGUUAAGUGUGUGUCAAUUGCAGUUUUAUGCCAACUGUGUCAGAUAUCACGGGUAAGAACGUAUACCCACCAUCGAUGGCGUCGGACCAGGAGUCGUGCUCUGACGAGGAGCCCGACAGUGAGAUGUUGAGCGACGACCUUUGUUUGCCGGAAAGCGACGAUGAAAGAAAUAUCCCUAGGACUGUACAGAAUCUGUCCGAUGAAGUGCCGUCCCUGAACUCCUGCCUGCUCCGUCCUCCUCGCAAAUUGUUCACCAACUGCCGCGAGAGAUGGCGCCAACAGAACGUGAGCGGUGCCUUCGCAGAGCUGCGUCGGCUAGUGCCCACGCAUCCACCCGACAAGAAGCUGUCUAAGAACGAGAUACUCAGGAUGGCGAUAAGGUACAUUGGCCUCCUAUGCGAAGUGCUGGAAUGGCAGAAGAAUCACGGCCUUUCCAUGAACAAGGAAAACACAGCCGAUUUAGCCAUCAAGUGUGAAUCUCCGCAUAGUCCACAAUCUAGGAGGAUACGACUCAAAAGACCAUUCUAUAACGAAGAAGAUGGCCCUAAAGCUAAGAUUGGUAACGAUAAUGAGUUCCACAAAUUCGGUAAUGAGGAAAACGAGAACGCAGGCUACCAAAGGCAGAUCAGUUGCCGAUCAGAAAUGUACUUCAGCAAAGACCACUUAAGGGUGCUGAGAAAUCAGUACUACUUCUCACCUAGAUGGAGACAGAAUUUGCCAUUCAGGAACUUGGCGGAUAGGAAUGGCAACAACCUGUUGAUGAUUGCUCCGUCGCAAAAUGGGAAGGACGAUGGAAAGAAUGGACAAAGCAGUUGCAAGGGGAAGAACGAUGAACGAGAUAAUAAGUAAGUUGGUAUAUACCCAGUCAAACUCCUUGAGCAACGACUACGCAG